AUGUCCCAAGAUCCUGAUCUGAAGCUCGGCUUGCAAUAUUGGGAUACCCAAGAUGCGACAAUUGAUGGAGUAUUAGGAGGGUUCGGAGAAGGGCCACUUCCGAGAGUCGAGUCUUUGGGAUCGAGACGAUUCCUCCUGUCCAUCAGGAACGAUCUUUGUCGUGUUCCAUCGGUGUUUCGUCGACUCGACGCACCUGCACUGGAUGCACCUCGCCGGAGAGUUAGGGCAUUGGACGUUGGCGCGGGUAUAGGUCGUGUCACAGCUUGCACUCUUCUGCCCCUCGUGGAUGAUGUUGUGCUUGUCGAGCCGGCUGAACAUUUCUUUUUGAAAGCCAUGGAGGAUUGCCCGAAUUGGGAAGGUAUAUCGGACUUGACCAAAAGCGUAACUUUUGUACGAACGCCCUUACAGUCAUUUGACCCUUCUCAGCCGGUACCUCUAGAGAGCACUCGUAUGGGACUUGGUGCAGAUCUCUUGAAUCCCGAGAUUGGAUACGACAUAAUUUGGUGUCAGUGGUGCCUCGGACAUCUCACAGACCCUGACCUUGUCAAGUUCUUGAAGCAAGCUAAAAAGGCUCUAAGAGAGCCUGAGGACCUUGAAUAUCCCCGGGGCGCUGGUGUGAUUAUCAUAAAGGAGAACACCACCGAGGACGGCGAAAAUGGGGAAGCUAUCGCUAUUUAUGCCGAGGAUGAUUCAAGCGUAACGAGGUCUGAUGCUGCAUGGAAGCAAAUAUUCAACGAGGCAGGUCUAUCCCUGAUUAAAGAAGAGGUGCAGGAGGGCCUUCCAGAGGGAUUGCUCGAGGUUAAAUCGUAA